GAGAAGGCCAAGAUUGUGGUCGCGGAGGCCGAUUUGGGGGAUGCGUUUUAUGAGAGCUGGAAGCGGUGGGACACGUGUAGCCUGUGCGAGCAAGAGUACCACGGCGUCGUGGCGUGCGCGCUCGGGUGGGCGGCCUGGAAGACGUACCUGGGCCGGCCAGCGGUGGACUGGGCUCAGAAGAGCGCGAUGAGUAUGCUCGCUACCGCUUUGCGCGAUGAUGCCAGGUACGAGGAAGCACGUGUGGUGUGUUUGGCGGGGUUGGCCGCCUGUGACGACAACUUGUCCUUUAUUCUCGAUCUUCUCGAUGGCCUGGCAAGUUGCAACCGCGCACUCGGCCGAUACGACGACGAGCUCGAAAAUCUACGUGAAAUUUAUGCCAAGACAGAAGUAGCUUACGGCCGGGACGAGAAGACAUACGCCGCGGCCCUUCGAUACGGUAAGGUACUGGUCGAACAAUCUUAUGUUCACGACGCAUUGUUACUUUUGAACGAAGCAAGCCUCGAUUCCGAGGGGGACCUGGGGAGUGAACACGCUCUCGUCGUCGACUUGCAUCAUGCGUGGUGUCUCUCCCUCUGGUUGUAUCACUUCUUAGGACAUAGCGACUACCGCAGCGAACUCCGAGUUGCCGUGCAAGCGCCCCUACUUUUACUCGCACGUACGCAAGACGCUGAUCAAAAGCGUGAGAUAGAAUAUAAUUUGUGCAUGGUGUUGACACACCAGCUCGAUUGGAGUUUGGACGACCUCGAGCUCGACUCCACUGACCGGCAAAUUGUUGACAGAGUUCUCGCCGAC